CGCCCGUCCCCUCCUCGCCCGGCCGCCGGCGCGGCCCCCUCCCCCGCCAUGAAGAAGCUGUGGGUGAAGAAGCGUUUCCAGAAAACCGGCCACUCCCGCCGGGCCUUUGGCCGACUCACCCAUGGUGCGUGGACCAUGGGCUCCUUGCUCUAGCCCAUGCCCACUCCUUUUCUUGGUCCAUGUCCCUUCAUGAGGCACCCAGGCCCGGAAGACAGCCCAUGAGAUGUGGGAUCCCCCAGUACACAUCCAUACCCACUCAAGGAGGUGCCCCUCUGAGAGAGAACCUAACAAUGGCGGGGGAGAGGGGGGACUCACUAGCACACCCCAACAUGGGCCUGGGCUCAGGGUUCUCCAUCUGUGGGGCCAAGUGGUGAUGAGCUCACUGCCAUGCUUUGACAACCAGCACGUGGCUCCUGCUUGUCAUAGCACUCAUAGAGAAACUGAGGCACAGAACCUGAUAGAACCUAGGAAAGUUAAAAAUAUGCCCAGGAAACUUUGCUUCUCGCCUAACCACUGGGCAUUGUCGAGGACCACUCAGAAGUAGAAGAGAGGGAUCAGGAAGAGGGUAGCUGUCACAUCAUGAUGCAGAACAGGUGGGGAGAUUGGUUUGCAAGGAAGGGUCAAAGCACAGCGCAAGUAUUUUAAGGAGGGUGGGCCUAACCCCUAAUGGGGGGCCUGGGUCUGUGACUGGGCUCAACACAAGCAGAUGUAUGUGUGUACAUGUGUGUGCGUGGCCAGUGGCAGCGCCAGUGAGAGUGCCAAGGGUACAGAAUUGCUGGGGUAGUUGGAAUAACCAGUCUAAACAGGUGUGCUCCCCAGCUGGGCACAGUGGGAGCCUGCAGGCAGUCAGGAUGAGAGAUGCUUUGCCCAUUCCAGGGGCCUCCCUCCCCCUCCCCCAUCCCCACAGGGCAUUUCUGGGCACUGGGUACCCUCAUGCCCCCUCUGUCCUGCCUACCCACCACGCCCUACACCACAAACGCUCUGAUAACAGUCUGUCCAUGUCUCUCUCCUGCUGCUCCUAUGGAAGCGAAGUUUUCCGCUCCUGCAGAAAGCAAAGUUACGACUCGGAGACGGGUGAGGAUGACAUCAGCGAUGUGCAGGGGACCCAGCGCCUGGAGCUUCGGGAUGACGGGGACUUCAGCACCCCCACGGGGGGCUCCGACACCCUGGUGGGCACCUCCCUGGACACACCCCCGACCUCCGUGACAGGCACCUCAGAGGAGCAAGUGAGCUGGUGGGGCAGCGGGCAGACGGUCUUGGAGCAGGAAGCGGGCAGCAGGGGUGGCACCCGCCGCCUCCCGGGCAGCCCAAGGCAAGCACAGGCAACCGGGGCCGGGCCACGGCACCUGGGGGUGGAGCCGCUGGUACGGGCGUCUCGAGCUAAUCUGGUGGGCGCAAGCUGGGGGUCAGAGGAUAGCCUUUCGGUGGCCAGUGACCUGUAUGGCAGCGCAUUCAGUCUAUACAGAGGACGGGCGCUCUCGAUUCACGUCAGCGUCCCUCAGAGCGGAUUGCACAGGGAGGAGCCUGAUCUUCAGCCUCAGCCGGCCAGUGAGGCCCCGCGUCGCCCCGCCCUACCGCCUCCCUCCAAAUCCGCGCUGCUGCCCCCACCGUCCCCUCGGGUGGGUAAGCGGCCCCCGCCGGGACCCAGCGCCCAGCCCCCCGCCACCCCCACAUCGCCCCACCGGCGCACGCAGGAGCCUGUGCUGCCGGAGGACACCACCGCAGAAGAGAAGCGAGGGAAAAAGUCCAAGUCGUCGGGGCCCUCGCUGGCGGGCACGGCAGAGUCCCGGCCCCAGACACCACUGAGCGAGGCCUCUGGCCGCCUGUCGGCGCUGGGCCGCUCGCCCAGGCUGGUACGUGCCGGCUCCCGCAUCCUGGACAAGCUGCAGUUCUUCGAGGAGCGACGGCGCAGCCUGGAGCGCAGCGACUCGCCGCCGGCGCCCCUGCGGCCAUGGGUACCCCUGCGCAAGGCCCGCUCACUGGAGCAGCCCAAAUCCGACGGCGGAGCGCCCUGGGGCACACCCGGGACCUCGCAGGAGGAGCUUCGGGCGCCGGGGGGCAGCGUGGCCGAGCGCCGCCGCCUGUUCCAGCAGAAGGCGGCCUCGCUGGACGAGCGCACGCGGCAGCGCAGCCCGGCCUGUGACCUUGAGCUGCGCUUUGCCCAGGAGCUGGGCCGCAUCCGCCGCUCCACGUCGCGGGAGGAGCUGGUGCGCUCUCACGAGUCCCUGCGCGCCACGCUGCAGCGGGCCCCGUCCCCCCGAGAGCCUGGCGAGCCCCCGCUCUUCUCCCGGCCCUCCACUCCCAAGACCCCUCGGGCCGAGAGUCCCGCCGCCGCCCAGCCACCCCCUCCGAGCGUCACGGGGAAGCUCGGGGACGAACAGGGGAGGCCCAGGAGCCGCGGGCCGGCGGGCAGGACAGAGCCGGGGGAAGGCCCGCAGCAGGAAGUCAGGCGCCGGGACCAGUUCCCGCUGACCCGGAGCAGAGCCAUCCAGGAGUGCCGAAGUCCCGUGCCGCCCCCCGCCGCCACCGAUCCCCCCGAGGCCAGGACGAGAGCGCCCCCGGGUCGGAAGCGGGAGCCCCCAACGCAGGCCGUGCGCUUCCUGCCCUGGGCCACGCCGGGCCAGGAGAGCACUGCUGUGCCCCAGACCUUGGAGAAGAACAGGGCGGGGCCUGAGGCCGAGAAGAGGCUCCGCAGAGGACCGGAGGAGGACGGUCCUUGGGGGCCCUGGGACCGCCGAGGGGCCCGCAGCCAGGGCAGAGGUCGCCGUGCCCGGCCCACCUCACCUGAGCUCGAGUCUUCAGAUGACUCAUAUGUGUCCGCUGGAGAAGAGCCCCUGGAGGCCCCUGUGUUUGAGAUCCCUCUGCAGAAUGUGGUAGCAGCUCCAGGGGCAGAUGUACUGCUCAAGUGUAUCAUCACUGCCAACCCCCCGCCCCAAGUGUCCUGGCAGAAGGAUGGGUCUGCGUUGCGCAGCGAUGGCCGCCUUCUCAUCCGGGCUGAAGGAGAGCGGCAUACCUUGCUGCUCCGGGAGGCCCGGGCGGCCGAUGCCGGGAGUUACACAGCCACCGCCACCAACGAGCUGGGUCAGGCCCGCUGUGCUGCCGCGCUGGCCGUGAGACCUGGAGGGUCCACAUCACCUUUCAGCAGCCCCAUCACCUCUGAUGAGGAAUACCUGAGUCCCCCAGAGGAGUUUCCAGAGCCUGGGGAGACUUGGCCCGGAACCCCCACUAUGAAGCUCAGUCCCAGCCAGAACCGCCGUUCCUCUGACACUGGCUCCAAGGCACCCCCCACUUUCAAGGUCUCACUUAUGGACCAGUCAGUAAGAGAAGGCCAAGAUGUCACCAUGAGCAUCCGUGUCCAGGGGGAGCCCAAGCCAGUGGUUUCCUGGCUGAGAAACCGGCAGCCGGUGCGCCCAGACCAGCGGCGCUUCGCGGAGGAGGCAGAGGGCGGGCUGUGCCGGCUGCGGAUCCUGGCGGCUGAGCGGGCCGACGCUGGCUUCUACACUUGCAAAGCGGUUAAUGAGUAUGGUGCCCGGCAGUGUGAGGCCCGCCUGGAGGUCAGAGCACAUCCUGAAAGCCGGUCCUUGGCCGUGCUGGCCCCCCUGCAGGACGUGGACGUGGGGGCCGGGGAGAUGGCGCUGUUUGAGUGCCUGGUGGCAGGUCCUGCUGACGUGGAGGUAGACUGGCUCUGCCGAGGCCGCCUGCUGCAGCCCGCACUGCUCAAAUGUAAGAUGCAUUUCGAUGGCCGGAAAUGCAAGCUGCUGCUCACGUCUGUGCAUGAGGACGACAGUGGUGUCUACACCUGCAAGCUCAGCACAGCCAAAGAUGAGCUGACCUGCAGCGCCCGGCUGACGGUGCGGCCCUCAUUGGCGCCCCUGUUCACUCGGCUGCUGGAGGACGUGGAGGUGCUGGAGGGCCGGGCGGCCCGCUUCGACUGCAAGAUCAGCGGCACUCCGCCCCCUGCCGUUACCUGGACUCAUUUUGGCCACCAGGUGGAGGAGAGCGAGAACUUGCGGCUGCGGCAGGAAGGAGGUCUGCACUCUCUGCACAUCGCUCAUGUGGGCAGUGAGGACGAGGGGCUGUACGCAGUCAGCGCUACCAACGCCCACGGCCAGGCCCAGUGCUCGGCCCAGCUCUACGUGGAGGAGCCUCGGACGGCUGCCACCGGCCCCAGCUCAAAGCUGGAGAAGAUGCCCUCUAUCCCCGAGGAGCCGGAGCAGGGCGAGCUGGAGCGGCUGUCUAUGCCCGACUUCCUGCGGCCACUGCAGGACCUGGAGGUGGGACUGGCCAAGGAGGCCAUGCUGGAGUGCCAGGUGACCGGCCUGCCCUACCCCACCAUCAGCUGGUUCCACAAUGGCCACCGCAUCCAGAGCAGUGAUGACCGGCGCAUGACACAGUACAGGGAUGUCCACCGCUUGGUGUUCCCUGCUGUGGGACCUCAACAUGCCGGCGUCUACAAGAGUGUCAUCGCCAACAAGCUGGGCAAAGCUGCGUGCUAUGCCCACCUCUAUGUCACAGAUGUGGUUCCAGGCCCCCCAGAUGGCGCCCCGCAGGUGGUGACUGUGACUGGGAAGAUGAUCACGCUCACAUGGAACCCCCCCAGGAGUCUGGACAUGGCUAUUGACCCAGAUGCCCUGACCUACACCGUGCAGCACCAGGUUCUGGGCUCAGACCAGUGGACAGUGCUGGCCACGGGCCUGCGGGAGCCCGGGUGGGCAGCCAUGGGGCUGCGUAAGGGGGUCCAGCACAUCUUCCGGGUCCUCAGCACCACCAUCAAGAGCAGCAGCAAGCCCUCACCCCCCUCUGAGCCUGUGCAGCUGCUGGAGCACGGCCCACCACUCGAGGAGGCGCCCGCGGUGUUGGACAAGCCGGACAUCGUGUAUGUGGUGGAGGGACAACCCACCAGUGUCACGGUCACCUUCAACCAUGUGGAGGCCCAGGUCGUCUGGAGAAGCUGCCGAGGGGCUCUCCUAGAGGCACGGGCAGGUGUGUACGAGCUGAGCCAGCCGGAUGAUGACCAGUACUGUCUUCGCAUCUGCCGGGUGAGCCGCCGAGACGUGGGGCCCCUCACCUGCACUGCCCGCAACCGCCACGGCACACAGGCCUGCUCAGUCACCCUGGAGCUGGCAGAGGCCCCUCGAUUUGAGUCCAUCAUGGAGGACGUGGAGGUCGGGGCUGGGGAAACCGCACGCUUUGCUGUAGUGGUUGAGGGGAAACCACUGCCAGACAUCAUGUGGUACAAGGACGAGGUGCUGCUGACCGAGAGUAGCCAUGUGAGCUUCGUGUAUGAAGAGAGCGAGUGCUCCCUGGUGGUGCUCAGCACAGGGACCCAGGAUGGAGGCGUCUAUACCUGCACUGCCCGGAACCUGGCUGGCGAAGUCUCCUGCAAAGCAGAGUUGGCUGUGCGUUCAGCCCAGACAGCCAUGGAAGUAGAGGGGGCCGGGGAGGCCGAGGAACAGCGAGGAAGGAGACUCAGCGACUUCUAUGACAUCCAUCAAGAGAUCGGCAGGGGUGCCUUCUCCUACCUGCGGCGCGUGGUGGAGCGAAGCUCCGGCCUGGAGUUUGCAGCCAAGUUCAUCCCCAGCCAGGCCAAGCCAAAGGCAUCAGCAUGGCGGGAAGCCCGGCUGCUGGCCCGGCUCCAGCACGACUGCGUCCUCUACUUCCAUGAGGCCUUUGAGAGGCGUCGGGGACUGGUCAUUGUCACCGAGCUAUGCACAGAGGAGCUGCUGGAGCGAAUGGCCAGGAAACCCACCGUGUGUGAGUCUGAGAUCCGGGCCUACAUGCAACAAGUGAUCGAGGGAAUAUGCUACCUGCACCAGAACCAUGUGCUGCACUUGGAUGUCAAGCCUGAGAAUCUGAUGGUGUGGGAUGGCGCAGAGGGUGAGGAGCAGGUGAGGAUCUGUGACUUUGGGAAUGCCCAGGAGCUGACUCCGGGAGAGCCCCAGUACUGCCAAUACGGCACACCUGAGUUCGUGGCACCUGAGAUUGUCAAUCAGACCCCCGUGUCUGGAGUCACUGACAUCUGGCCUGUGGGCGUUGUUGCCUUCCUCUGUCUGACGGGAAUCUCCCCAUUUGUUGGGGAAAAUGAUCGGACGACAUUAAUGAACAUUCGAAACUACAACGUGGCCUUCGAGGAGACCACAUUUCUGAGCCUGAGCAGGGAGGCCCGGGGCUUCCUCAUCAAAGUGCUGGUGCGGGACCGGCUGAGGCCUACCGCAGAGGAGACCCUAGAACAUCCUUGGUUCAAAACACAGGCCAAGGGCGCAGAGGUGAGCACGGAUCACUUAAAGCUGUUCCUCUCCAGGCGGAGGUGGCAGCGCUCCCAGAUCAGCUACAAGUGCCACCUGGUGCUGCGCCCCAUCCCUGAGCUGCUGCGGGCACCCCCAGAGCGGGUGUGGGUAGCCAUACCCAGAAGACCACCCCCCAGUGGGGGGCUCUCAUCUUCCUCUGACUCUGAGGAGGAAGAGCUGGAGGAGCUGCCCUCAGUGCCCCGGCCACUGCAGCCUGAGUUCUCGGGUUCCCGGGUGUCCCUCACCGACAUUCCCACUGAGGAUGAGGCCCUGGGCGCCCCAGAGGCUGGCACGGCCACCCCCAUGGACUGGCAGGAGGAGGGAAGGGCCCCCUCUCAGGACCAGGAGGCCCCCAGCCCUCAGGCCCUCCCCUCCCCAGGCCAGGAGCCCCAAGCUGGGUCCAGCCCCCAGCGGAGAGAGCUCCGGAGGGGCACCUCUGCUGAGAGUGCCCUGCCCCGGGCCGGGCCGAGGGAGCCGGGCCGGGGCCUGCACAAGGCAGCCUCUGUGGAGCUGCCGCAGCGCCGAAGCCCCAGCCCGGGCGCCACCCGCCUGACCCGGGGAGGCCUGGGUGAGGGUGAGUAUGCCCAGAGGCUGCAGGCCCUGCGCCAGCGGCUGUUGCGGGGAGGCCCUGAGGAUGGCAAGGUCAGUGGCCUCAGGGGCCCCCUGCUAGAGAGCCUGGGGGACCGUGCCCGGGAUCCCCGGCUGGCACGGGCUGCCUCCAGCGAGGCAGCCCCUCGACACCAGCCCCCACCUGAGACCCGGGGCCUGCAGAAGAGCAGCAGCUUCUCACAGGGAGAGGCGGAGCCCCGGGGCAGGCACCGCCGCGCUGGGGCGCCCCUCGAGAUCCCCGUGGCCAGGCUUGGGGCCCGCAGGCUACAGGAGUCUCCCUCCUUGUCUGCCCUCAGUGAGGCCCAACCACCCAGCCCUGCGAGGCCCAGCGCCCCCAAAUCCAGUGUCCCCAAGUCUUUGAAACCACCUACCACCACACCCAGUGAUGCCCCGCAGCCCUUGGCACCCCAGCCUGCCCAAGAGAAGGCCCCAGAGUCCACGCUGGAGCCGGUCCCAGCCCCCAAGCCCACACAGCCCUCUGUGACUCCGCAAACCCCAGUGGCCCCCCUCACACCUUAUGCCCAGAUCAUGCAGUCGCUCCAGCUGUCAGGUCACACGACGGGCCCCCUGCAGAGCCCUGGGGCAUCUCCAUCAGAGCCCAGACCCCACCCUGCUGUGUUUGCCCGGGUGGCCUCCCCACCUCCGGGAGCCUCCGAGAAGCGCGUGCCUUCAGCCGGGGCGCCCCCAGUGCUAGCCGAGAAAGCCCGGGUACCCACAGUGCCCCGCAGGCCAGGUAGCAGUCUCAGUAGCAGCAUCGAGAACCUAGAGUCAGAGGCUGUAUUCGAGGCCAAGUUCAAGCGCAGCCGUGAGUCGCCCCUGUCGCGGGGGCUGCGAUUGCUGAGCCGCUCGCGCUCAGAGGAACGCGGCCCCUUUCGCGGGGCCCAGGAGGAGGACGGCAUGUACCGGCCCAGCCCGGCAGGAACGCCACUGGAGCUGGUGCGACGGCCGGAGCGUUCCCGCUCCGUGCAAGACCUCAGGGCGGUCGGGGAGCCGGGCCUCGUCCGCCGCCUCUCGCUGUCGCUGUCCCAGCGUCUGCGGCGGACCCCGCCCGCGCAGCGCCACCCAGCCUGGGAGGCCCGCGGUGGGGACGGGGAGAGCUCGGAGGGCGGCAGCUCGGCGCGGGGCUCCCCGGUGCUGGCCGUGCGCAGGAGGCUCAGCUCCACGCUCGAGCGGCUGUCCAGCCGCUUGCAGCGCAGCGGCAGCAGCGAGGACUCAGGGGGCGCAUCGGGUCGCAGCACGCCGCUGUUUGGACGGCUGCGCAGGGCCACGUCGGAGGGCGAGAGUCUGCGGCGCCUCGGCCUCGCACACAACCAGCUGGCGGCCCAGGCCGGCGCCAGCACGCCUUCCGCAGAGUCCCUGGGCUCUGAGGCCAGCGCUACGUCCGGCUCCUCAGCUCCUGGGGAAAGCCGGAGGCGGCUUCGCUGGGGCUUCUCUCGGCUGCGAAAGGACAAGGGGUUAUCACAGCCAAACCUCUCUGCCAGUGCCCAGGAGGAUUUGGGUCACCAGUAUGUGCGCAGUGAAUCAGAUUUCCCUCCGGUCUUCCACAUCAAACUCAAGGACCAGGUGCUGCUGGAGGGAGAGGCAGCCACCCUGCUCUGUCUGCCAGCGGCCUGCCCUGCACCCCACAUCUCCUGGAUGAAAGACAAGCAGUCCCUGCAAUCAGAGCCCUCAGUGAUCAUCGUGUCCUGCAAAGAUGGACGGCAGCUGCUAAGCAUCCCCCGGGUGGGCAAGCGACAUGCUGGGCUCUAUGAGUGCUCGGCCACCAAUGUCCUGGGCAGCAUCACCAGCUCCUGUACCGUGGCUGUGGCCCGCAUCCCAGGAAAGUUAGCUCCUCCUGAGGUGCCCCAGACCUACCAGGACACGGCGUUGGUGCUCUGGAAGCCAGGAGAUAGCCGGGCACCUUGCACAUACACGCUGGAGCGGCGGGUGGAUGGGGAGUCUGCCUGGCACCCUGUGAGCUCAGGCAUCCCUGACUGUUACUACAACGUGACCCACCUGCCAAUCGGUGUGACCGUGAGAUUCCGUGUGGCCUGUGCCAACCGUGCUGGGCAAGGGCCUUUCAGCAACCCUUCCGAGAAGGUCAUCGUCAGGGGCACACAAGAUUCCUCAGUUCUUCCAUCUGCUGCUCACCAAGACGCCCCUGUUACCUCAGGGCCAGCCAGGGCCCCGCCUCCUCACUCUCCUACCUCACUGGCCCCAUCCCAGACUCCCACCCCAGCUCCUGCUCCCCCAGCCCCUCAGUCAGCCGCUCUCAGCCCCUCAUGUCCCCCAACACCCCCCAGUCAGGCCUUGUCCUCCCUCAAGGCCGUGGGUCCACCACCCCAAACCCCCCCACGAAAGCACAGAGGCCUGCAGGCUGCCCAGCAAGCAGAGCCCGCCCCACCCAGUGCCCAGGCCACCCCAAGUGAGCCCAAGUCUUCCAUCCCUGACACUGGGACCCCAACCCCAGCCUCCACCCCUCAAGGGGUUAAACCAGCGUCUUCCUCUACUCCCCUGUAUAUGGUAACCUCCUUUGUGUCUGCACCCCCAGCCCCUGAGCCCCCAGCCCCCGAGCCCCCUCCCGAGCCCACCAAGGUGACUGUGCGAAGCCUCAGCCCGGCCAAGGAGGUGGUCACCUCCCCUGUGGGUGGUCCCCCCAGCUCUCCUGGGCCAGAGGGCACCACUCUUCGACAGGGGCCCCCUCAGAAACCCUACACCUUCCUAGAGGAGAAGGCCAGGGGCCGCUUCGGUGUAGUGCGUGCAUGCCGGGAGAACGCCACCGGGCGGACAUUCGUGGCCAAGAUCGUGCCCUACGCGGCUGAGGGCAAGCGGCGCGUCCUGCAGGAGUACGAAGUGCUGCGGACAUUGCACCACGAACGGCUCAUGUCCCUGCACGAGGCCUACAUCACCCCGCGUUACCUCGUGCUCAUCGCUGAGAGCUGCGGGAACCGGGAGCUCCUCUGUGGGCUCAGCGACAGGUUCCGGUAUUCAGAGGACGAUGUGGCCACCUAUGUGGUGCAGCUGCUACAAGGCCUGGACUACCUCCACGGCCGCCACGUGCUGCACCUGGACAUCAAGCCUGACAACCUGCUGCUGGCCCCUGACAACGCCCUCAAGAUUGUGGACUUCGGCAGUGCCCAGCCCUACAACCCCCAGGCCCUGCGGCCCCUUGGCCACCGCACAGGCACGCUGGAGUUCAUGGCUCCUGAGAUGGUGAAGGGAGAGCCCAUCGGUUCCGCCACGGACAUCUGGGGAGCGGGUGUGCUCACUUACAUCAUGCUCAGUGGACGCUCCCCGUUCUAUGAGCCAGACCCCCAGGAAACAGAGGCUCGGAUUGUGGGGGGCCGCUUUGAUGCCUUCCAGCUGUACCCUAACACCUCCCAAAGCGCCACACUCUUCUUGCGGAAGGUCCUCUCGGUACACCCCUGGAGCCGGCCCUCCCUGCAGGACUGCCUGGCCCACCCCUGGCUGCAGGAUGCCUACCUGAUGAAGCUGCGUCGCCAGACGCUCACCUUCACCACCAGCCGGCUCAAGGAGUUUCUGGGCGAGCAGCGGCGCCGCCGGGCUGAGGCUGCCACCCGUCACAAGGUGCUGCUCCGCUCCUACCCAGGCAGCCCCUAGCGGCUCGGACCACAGCCUGGCCUCGGGCUUCAACUCGGGGCUCCACUGAGGCCACGGGACAUUCCAGGGCCCCUAUUGAGCCGGGUGGGCCCAGGGCUUCGGACACCACCAGCAGCAACAUCCAGCCGGGCUGUUACCUCAUGGACCUGCAGGGACAGAGGCCCUGGGCUUUGCCGAUGCCACCCCGGCCAGAGCCAGAGGGGGAGACCCAUGGGCCAGGCUGGGUGGGGGUGGGGGCACGGGAGCAGGGAAGCAGGAAGAGGGGCAAGAAGGGAAUGGGUAAGAGACAAGGAAAAGAAGCCACGGGACAGGGAGAGGAGACUCUAGGAAGGUUCUGGGGGGGGAGAGACAAUGUAUCUGGGGGGAAACCAACUUAGCAGGAUAUGAAUAGCUGGAGAGGAGGAAGAGGAAGGAGCCCAGCGUGUCAGGGCUGUGGGCUGGAAGUGAGUGUUGGUGGAGCGGGGACAGGACGUGGAGACAGCGCUAGGGAGCCAGAGCCAGCACGUGAGGGAGGGCAGCAAAGUGGGGGAGGGAGAGGAGAGGACUCAGGUGGGGUGGGGUGAGGUGGGCCAGCUGCCAGCAUCCCAGAAGGAGGACCUGGAGCACUGGGGCCUGGAAGCAGUGAUUACGGGAGCCAGUGCUCUCCUGUCCCAGUGGAUGCAGCUGUGAGCACUCUGCUGGCCCAAGGAUGUCCCCGCUGCCCCUCUGUGGCCUUCACCCUUCUUCCCAUUCAUAUUUAUUUAUUUAUUGACUUUUAUGAAAUUUCCCUUCCAUCCAGUUCCUAUUGCCCGUGUUGCCCUGACCAUCCCCCCAGCCAUCCAGCUGUCUGUGCAGCUGUCUGUCUGUCUGUCACAAGGAAAAUAAAAACAGCAAGCAGCAGGA